CUCAGUCUCACUUCCGCAUUCCUUUAUGUGGACACCUCCGGGAUCAGAUAAAUCACGUGAUUCGUCGCUGAUAUGCAGGAAGCAGAGUGUUACACAUGCAGUGAGAGAGAGAGAGAACAGCAGGAGAUCUGAGGAAGAAUGGAGUCAGGAGGAGGUGUGGACCUGUCCUCCAGUCAGUCCUCACCUGAGAAAGCGCCUCAGCGUCUGGAUGAUUUGGUGUUAGUGAGUGAGGAGUGUGUAGAGAAACUGAGCGACGGUCUGAUCUCACACUACCUUCCAGAUCUACAGCGCUCCAGAGAUACCCUGCAGGAGCUCACACAAAAUCAGGCGGUGCUGCUCGACACGCUGGAACAGGAAAUAAACAAGUUUAGAGAGUGUAACACUAUGAUCGACCUCAACGCUCUGUUCACAGAGGCUAAGGUGUAUCACAGUAAACUGGUGAACAUACGCAGAGAGAUGAUCAGCCUGCAUGACAGAACAUCUAAACUCAAGAAGCGAGCACUGAAGCUGCAGCAGCAGAAACAGAGGGAGGCACUGGAGCGAGAGCAGCAGAGAGAGAGAGAGCUGGAGAGAGAAAGACAGCUCACCGCCAAACCGGCCAAACGCACAUGAACACACACACACACACACACACACACACACACACACACACACACACACACACACACAGAGUCAUUAAAGAGCCAUUUAAACAUUUCUGCGUGUUUAUUCCUGCAUGUUAGCUCAGAGUCAGUGGGCGGAGCCUGUAGUGUGUGACACAGGCCACUAGAUGGAGACAGAGGUGUGACAUUGGUGCAUUAUGGAUUUACAAUCGUUCCAUUAACUCAUGCACACACACACUCUGUGGCUCCUUCAUCACCUGUGUAUAAUUUUAUAUUUAUUGUUAUUUGCUAAUAAACGCUUAAUUUUGUUUCUAAACCAUUUUGUACUCUUUAAUGCACUAAAUAAAUAAUAACAUGAUGUA